GCGCAUGCGGAAGAAUUAAAAGGCUGCCAAAAGAAUGAAAAAACAAUAAAAAUUGCUAUAGAAAUGAAAAAAGUGGUGAAAAAGUGUAUUGUUAAUUAUUUUUCGUAUCUAAAAAAUGUGGACGAUACAUGGAAUGAUUUGUGUAAAAGUGCGAAAGAAGUAAUUCGAGCUCUGAAAAACCGAUGUCAACAAUUGAGACUCGUCAACAGUAUUGAAACCGAUAAACAGGAAAUCUUUAAAAUCGCUGGUCUACGAGAAAAGUUGAUUUUGAAGCUUAUCCGCGGUAUCCAGGAAGAAAUGACUCUACUCGGAAAUCUUUUAGCCCGACUGAAUUGCAUUAAUCAGGAAUUGAAAAAUAAGUUGAUGCGCUUGGAAGAAGCUAGAAGCAAUAUUUCCUUAAAGGAUUCAGAGAUUGAAGAACUUGUUAGUGGGUCACCAGUUUUUCCAAAAUUGGAAAAACUUCUUAUUUGGGCUCAAGAAGUCUAUGAUUAUUAUAAAACAUUAUACCAAAAUAUAAACGAAGCCAUGCUUUCCCUGGACUAUAAAAAUGAAGAGACUAUCGACAGAUUAGAAAACUCGUUUCAAAUAAACUACUAUUGGAGAAUAAAAAUCGAUAGGGUUCGCGGACUUACAGAGGCGCUUUCGAAAACUGUGAUUCCUCAAGUGUAACUUUAAAUCAAUAAAAAAAUAAAUAACUUUUUUUUAUAACAAA